GGGAGGGGGUAUUUCUAAGAAGCGUUGCGUGACACGUGAAAAUUAGAAUUUUUUGAGGUCGCAAGGUGACAGUUACAUGACGAAUAGAUCGGUCAAAAACAAAAUGGCGGCACUAUUGAAGAGAGGUGGAACGCUAAGAACCAAUAUUAGUACUUCGUUAGUGAUCCAUCAUUUGAAAAGACUUUCACCCUGUGGGAAACUGCGUCUGUCAGACAGCUCAUCUUAUAGUACAGAGAGUGCAGCAUCAAGGACGGAAGAAUUCAGUCUUCGAUAUCUAGAAGGAAAACAUGAAGGGAUUGCUUUAUUUGUAAUGAAUAGACCAGAUGCAAAGAAUGCCAUGAGCAAGAAUUUCUUAAGAAUGUUCAUAGAUGCCAUUGAUUGUGUGAAGUUUGACAAGAAGGUUCGAACUGUUAUCUUCAAAAGUGAUGCACCAGGGAUAUUUUGCGCUGGAGCUGAUCUUAAAGAGAGAGCCAAGAUGGCAGAACACGAGGUUGGUCCAUUUGUAUCCAGGGCUCGGGCGGCAAUAAUGGAACUUCACAACCUGCCAAUGCCGACAAUAGCUGCACUAGAUGGGCAUGCCCUAGGUGGGGGAUUAGAGAUGGCACUGUCUUGUGACUUCAGGAUCGCAGCAGAUAAUGCGAAAAUAGGAUUGACAGAAACCCGUCUGGCAAUCAUUCCAGGAGCAGGAGGGACACAGCGUCUACCAAGGUUGGUUGGCAUAUCAAAAGCCAAGGAGAUGAUUUUUACUGGGAAAAUGAUCAGUGGUACAGAAGCUGCAGAAAUAGGUUUGGCUGAUUACGCUGUUGAACAAAACGAAGCUGGAGAUGCAGCAUAUCAAAGAGCCCUGAUACUAGCCGAGGAAAUUCUUCCCCGUGGACCUGUGGCAGUCAAGAUGGCCAAACUGGCAAUCAACAAGGGUGUUCAGGUUGACCUUAAUUCUGCCAUGUCAUUUGAGGAAGGUUGUUAUGCUCAGGUUAUACCAACAAAAGACAGAUUAGAAGGUCUUAAAGCAUUCAAGGAAAAAAGGAGUCCACAGUACUCAGGAGAAUAAACAAAACAGUGCAAAAAAGUCAAUUAAGUGUGAAAGAAGGGAGAAUAAAGUUAAAUCAGUUACAAGACAA